AUGUACAAGUAUAUAGUAAAUAUUAACAUGGUUAAAAUGAAGGGGUUGGAAGGGGAGCCGACGUCGGCAGCAGGGGCUUGUCAUCCUCCGUGGUCAUCGCCCCUUACUCUGGAUUACUUGAACGUAAGCGGAGCGGGGGUGGUCCCUGAGGUGAUUCACCCCCCACCCCCGCCUCAUCCCCACAUCUCGCAGCUGGGGACCGUCUACGCCACCAAAAGACGGAGGAGGAAUGGAAAAAGUUUGAAACCCCCGCCGAAAGACGGCGUGACGAAAAGCAAUCCUAGCAAGCGGCACAGAGAAAGACUGAAUGCGGAGUUGGACACCCUGGCCAACCUCCUCCCCUUCGAGCAGAACAUCUUGUCCAAAUUGGACCGGCUCUCCAUCCUUCGGCUGUCAGUAAGCUAUUUAAGAACGAAGAGCUAUUUCCAAGUGACGAUGCACAAAGAGAAGGAAGAGUCUCAAUACAGGAGCAGGGGUGAUCUCUCAGUCUACGACCACUCCAUGCUAGACGGCGACAUGUUUCUCCAGGCGCUGAACGGUUUCUUGUUAAUACUGACCUGCGAAGGAGAGGUGUUCUUCGCCACCCACACUAUCGAAAAUUACCUCGGCUUCCAUCAGUCCGACAUAGUGCACCAGAGCGUGUACGAACUUGUACAUUCGGAGGACCGUGAAGAGCUGCAGAGGCAGCUGAUGUGGAACUCGUUCCUUCCCCAGGAGUCGUCUGGGCUCCAGCUCCAGGACACCCUCCAUCCCGAUCAGGCCCACCUCCUGGAGAGAAGUUUCACCGUCCGUUUCAGAUGCCUGCUAGACAACACGUCAGGAUUUCUCAGAUUGGAUAUCAGGGGAAGGAUAAAAGUGCUCCACGGGCAGAACAGGAAGACUGAAGAGCCGCCGCUGGCACUGUUCGCGCUGUGCACACCUUUCGGUCCACCAUCUCUCCUCGAAAUACCACACAAGGAGGUCAUGUUCAAAAGUAAACACAAGCUCGACCUUUCUCUGGUAUCGAUGGAUCAGAGGGGCAAGAUGCUCCUCGGCUAUUCUGACGCCGAACUCGCCGAUAUGGGAGGAUAUGAUCUAGUCCAUUUCGAUGAUCUCGCUUACGUCGCAAGCGCUCAUCAAGAAUUGUUGAAGACAGGCGCCUCGGGGAUGAUAGCAUACCGCUAUCAGAGCAAAGAAGGGCAGUGGCAAUGGCUUCAAACGAGCUCAAGGCUCGUUUAUAAAAAUUCGAAACCCGAUUUUGUUAUCAGCACUCAUCGACCUUUAAUGGAAGAAGAAGGCAGAGACCUGUUGGGAAAGAGAACGAUGGACUUCAAAGUCAGCUAUCUGGACGCGGGUUUAACGAACAGUUACUUUUCGGAUAGUGAGUUAGUCGGUCCAGGAACGCAGACGGGUACGUCACAACCGUCGACGCCGCAGAGGGUGAACCGGAGGUACAAAACGCACCUCCGCGACUUCCUUUCUACGUGUCGGACAAAGCGCAAGCUUUCGUCGCACAACAGUUCAGCUGUUGUGCCUCCAGAGACGAGCGACUUCAUCGUUCCGGAUUCCGCUGCUGCCGUCGCUGCAGCGUACACCAACCUCAACAUGUACAGCGGGUCCUACCCGACGACAGCCCCUCCGGAGAGCUACAUGGGCCACUCGGGCAAUUUUCACCAAAGCAUAUACGACAACAGAUUCCUCUCUUCGACGACUGAGAACCUUUUCCACCAAUACAGGCCCCUUGGGACAUACUACCCCGAUUACCAUUCGACGGGCUCGUACGUCUCGAACGGGUUCCUGGACAUGUCGCCGAGAAGUGCGGCCGCGACGUGCCUCCCCACGUACGAGCCGAACCACACCGUUCACCAAAUAGGUAAAAGUGAUUGUGAUAAGCUGUACACUUGUCAUCAGCCGCUGGAACAGAAGUACGCCACGGUAAUAGACAACACGCGUUAUAGCAAGUGCCUCGACAUGGGCGGGUAUCCCGUAACUCCCUCGUUGCAAAGUGUGGUUGCAGUGCCUUUGUGCGAUUUACAACACAAAAAGAGUGUUAAAUCAAUGGACAACCUAUCCUCGUCGAACUCGGCCGGUUCGUCGCCGGCCGGCGGUGUCAACGGAAUCGUCAAGAUCGAGGACAUGAAGGACGUCGGCCUGAUGCAGCACUACUCGCCUGCGUCGAGCGAACCGCCCAGGCAGACCGUGUUGAUGUGGGGCAGCGGAGCCGUGCACACUCCCAACUCCUCCAACAGCAGAUCACCUCAGGGCAACUCACCGACUGCCAACUACCAAGACAAGAAGUUCGGAGACCCUCUCAAAUCCCUUGCGGAAAUGAACAAUCUCGCCGAGAGCAAGUGGAAACCCGAAACACCACCGCAUAUACCCAGCCCGAAGUACAGCCACUAUCAGUAUAGUGAGCAUGGCCAAGAGGUAUGGCCUCACCAGAUCUAUCCUUACCACCAGCCGGGAGGGGAGUGCGGAUACCCUCAGAUAAACAGGACGGGAGUCCUUUGCUGUCCAUCUCUCAGGUGACAAACACCCUCCUCAACCAGUAACACAUGAUAAAACAUGAUGUUCGUAAACCUGAAGAAAGUCCUGGGUUACAUGCUUUCAGUAUAUAUAUAAACUAAAAGAGCUUUUAAUAAUCAUCAUUCAUUAUAUUUGUCAUCAAAUUCUAAUAAGAUUUUUUCAAAGAGAGAAAGAAAAUGUUCUUAUGAUUUUUUUCAUGUUUUUUUUUUUUAUUUGAUCUUUUUUCAUACAUAGUUAAAAAUUAACGUGUAAUAUUAUCCUUAUAUGUGUGUUUUUCUGUGAUAAGUGUUGAAUUAUUUUAGUAUUAUUAUUUUUAUUGAUGUGAUUGUAUUAUAUAGUUACUUGUAAUUUAAAAACAACAAAAAAUAUGUAUUUAAGUUAUGUGUCUCAAAAUGUAAAUUUGUGUAGAUUUUUAAAGUAUCUUCCUAUGAUGAAAGAAGAUGAAGAGAAGGAGGGGGAAAAAAGAAAAUCAAAAUAUUCCAAUUGUCUAUAUUUGUGCAAUUAUUUAUAAUUAAUUGAAUAAUCUAUAAUUAAAUUGUAAUGCAAAAUUUUAUGGAAAACAUGAUGUUGAAAGCCAAGUUAGUACAAAAAUUAAUAAAUAACCACUAUUUUAAUUUAUGUUAGGACGGGGGAGAAAGAAUGACGGCUCGUUUAUUUAUCAAUUACGUUUAAUUUGAGCUGCCAUCGCACAAAAAUACAUUUAAAAAAGGGAGAAGCAUUCAAUCAAAAAAAUAUAUUAAAAAUCAAACGUUUAUUUCCCACAUUUAUUUUGGCUUUCAACAAAUUGUCGCGCUAUUUUAUAACGAUGAAAGUGUGUAAAUAAUUCAAGAGCUAUCUUCCGGUUCUUUUAAAAAAAUUAAUAAUAAUAAUGAGAAUUAAGUUUCAAAAGUCGCCUCAAGGGGAUUUUAUUUAAUUAUAAUUUAAUAAAAUUGAAUGCUUUAGAAACAAGUGUUUUAUUUGUUACAACCUUGUCCUUACGAUUUGCGAAUAAUCAAAACAGGUUCUGUUUAAAUUUUUAUUUACAGUGGGGAGCUUCAGGCAGAAGCUUUUUGACGAUGCCAUGACUCCUACGUUAAUAUUUGAUUUAAAAAAAA